AGUCAGAACUAGGCAUAAAACUCGAUGGUUACGAUUUAGUAAAAAAUCAGAACAAUGAACUGUCAGCCGAAGUGAAUACAACAAUAUUGCCUUAUGUCCUAUCGGAACAGGAUGCAUCUAUCAUAUUUAUUGGGAUGCGUGGUGUUGGCAAGAGCAUUUUAGGUAAAUUUGCUGCCAAGGCUCUAGGUCGCAAGUAUGUGGAUUGUGAUCAUUAUUUUGAAACCACACUAUCAACAACCAUUCCGGAAUUUACAAGUAAACAUGGGUGGGAAGCUUUUCGCGCAAAAGAGUUUGAACUACUUACAUCUUUGCUUAAAGAUUGUUCUUCGGGAUACAUAAUUUCCUGUGGUGGCGGCAUUGUAGAAACACCUUCCUCACGCGAUCUCCUAAAAAAAUACAUACGUGAGAAAGGAAAGGUUGUUCAUAUAGUAAGGAAUAUCAAAGAAGUUGUGAAAUGUUUAGCUAAAGACACUAUACGCCCAGUUUACGGUGAAGACCCUCACGAUGUGUGGAAACGACGUGAAGGAUGGUACAAAGAAUGCUCAAAUUACGAAUACGUUUCCUUAACGGCUAAAGGCGAUAUUGAUUUAUCCGAAUGGAAACAUGAUCUUGUCAGGUUUUUGAAAUUCAUUUCCGGACGAGACACCAAUCAAGUCGAUACGCAAAGUCAACAGAAAACGUUUUUUGUGUCGCUGACAUUCCCAGACAUCACACCUGCGUUGCAUCAUAUAAACGAGAUAACUUAUGGUGUAGAUGCCGUCGAACUUCGGGUAGAUUUACUCUGUGAUAAUGAUUCCCAGGCGUCCAAUUACGUAAACGAUAUACCAUCGAUUGAUUACAUUUCACGACAGGUGGCAUUAGUAAGACAUUCAUCGAAACUUCCUAUCAUAUUCACCGUAAGAUCAAAAGGACAGGGAGGAAGAUUUCCAGAUAACCAAGAGAAAGAGAUGUUUUCACUUUUGAAACAAGCUGUUAAAUGGGGUUGUGAAUAUAUUGAUUUAGAGAUUGGUGGGCUUACUGAUUUGAUCUCAGAUUUGGUUGAAAAUAAAGGACAUUCGAAGAUUAUCGCAUCGUGGCAUGAUAUAUCGAUAAAAUGGGACAGCGAAGAAAUUCAAGGAGUUUAUAGAACGGCACAUAAGUACGGGGAUAUAAUUAAAUUAGUUGGUAAAGCCAAAACUAUUAAUGAUAAUUUUAAAUUGCAAGAAUUCGUUCAAUCUUUAUCCGUGGAAAAUCCAAAACCAAUCAUUGCUAUUAACAUGGGCGAAGAAGGACAACUAUCACGGAUAUUGAAUCAAUUCCUAACACCAGUAACUCAUCCAUUAUUGCCAUCGAAAGCAGCACCUGGGCAGCUCUCAGUGCGUGAAAUUAACCAAGCAUUACAUUUAAUUGGGCAAUUACCUAGUAAGAAAUACUAUAUUUUCGGCACACCCGUUAGUUCAUCGUUGUCACCAACAAUCCACAAUACGGGAUUCAAAACGUUAGGAUUACCUUAUUUUUAUGAUAUAUUCGAAUCGCAGGAUGUGGAGGCGGUCAAACCC